AUGGGACCCUUGGAGCUUUACAAGAGCUUCGUGCGAGAGCACUCCGCGCUAGUGGUGAACCUUGAGCGGCUUGCUCACUGGGUUGUGUGGAACCCCGAGCGCUUCAAUGAGCGAUCGGAGUUUGCGUAUGAGGCCUUCAACGCGGCCGUGGGUCUCCUAGGGCUGUACAACGAGAGCAUCAUUUCCAGUGACGAUGGCGCGGGCGAGCAAACAGAUUGGGGCUUCCUCCUGGCCGCGGUGGAGCAGGUCCAGACGCUGGUCGAGCUGCGGGGCAUCCAGAUGGAGCAGCGCGGCAAGAUGAGCAGAUACGGCCCCCUCAUCGGCCUGGAGCUCUUGAAGCUCGUCAUGCGCCUGCGCAUGUGGUCGGCCUGCCGCUCGCACUUGGCGCUCGAGGGUGCCUCGAGGGAGGACCGGGACCUGUACAAUGCGGAGCAGCGCCUCAAGGGGCUGCUGGGCGGGCUGGUGCGGCUGCGGCGCAGGUACGACCCUGGAGAAGGGGCAACGCCCAGCGGGGAGUGCAGCCAGGGCAGCGGCUGGUAUGGCGGCGGCAGUGGUGGGGACGGCGGCGUGGAGGGGGACGGGGGCAAGGAGGCGGCGGGAGCGCAUGCGUACAACGCGCGCCAGGCGGCGGCCGCGGCGGUGCGCGCGGCGGCGAUCGCGCCAGACCGACCGCCGUGCGCGUGCGGCAGCAGCGGCGCGGCGAUGGCCAUGGGGCGGGACGGCGCGGCGGCGGUGGUGGCGGCAACGGGCCUGGGCGCGGCGAGCGGGCCGCUGGCUUCUCACCAAGCAGAGGGAAGCAGCGAAAGCAGCGGCGAUGCUGGCCCCACUGCCUCAACCGCGACAGCAGCAGCGGCAGCAACCGACGCCACGCCCGAGGCGAGCCAGUCCGAGGGGCCCUCCGCAGGCGGCGAGGGCGCGGGCACGAGCGUGUGCGGCGAUGGCGCCGUGGCGGCGGCGCGCGGCGGGCCCAGCGUCGUGCGCGUGCAUCGCCCGUUCCGGUGGGGUUGGUGGGGUAGCAGCGCGCGCGGCGCCGAGGGCGACGAACGAGAGGGCGCGGCUGCGCCAAGCAGCGGCAGCAGCGGCGUGCAGCCUGGCGCACUGCCCGGCAGCUGGGCCCCGCCCUCAAGACCGCCCGUGCAGCGCCCGGCCGCCGGCCGAUGGCCAUGGGACCGCCGCCCGGUCAACGCCGCUGGCGGGCCCUCAACGAACGCCGGCGGCGGCGGCGGCGGCGACGGCUGCGGGCGGCUGGAGGAGAAGCUUCUCGAGCGGCAGGCGGGGUGGCGGCUGGACCCUGCUGGCAUGGACGCGGGCGACAGGGUGAUCUGGCUGGGCGAGCUUACGUACCUGCUGCGGCCGCUGAUUUACGUCUGCCUGCUCAAGAGGCAUGGGCUGCGCAGCUGGCGGCCGUGGGCGGCGUCCCUGGGCGUGGAGCUGCUGUCGCAGUACAUGCUGGGCACGGGCCACGCGAUGCUGCAGGCGUGCGGCAACAAGCGGUGGCCGCCGGGCAGCACGCUCUACAGCCUGGCGCUGCUGCGCGGGCUGACGGCGCGCAGGUGGGGCCCCACAGAGCAGCAGGAGCUGCUGGCGCGCCGCCUUGGGCUGCUGCGCUACCUCCUGCGCAGCCCCUGCUACAACGUCGUUGCCAGGCCGGCCGUGGCGCGCGCCGUGCGGUCGACGCAGUGGGUUCCCCUGCUGGGCACCCUGGGGGCGUACACCCUUGAGCUGGUUGACAGCAUGCAGGGUUACUACACGUAUGUCGAGAGCUGA